UUCAGCUCGUGGCAUGGAAACCAUGGAAGGUAUAAAGCGCGUGUCAAGAAGUCUUCGAUGUGCGUCAACGCGCACUACUAAUGAAUCUUACAGGUUGAAAGAUAUGGAGGCGCAUAUCAGCCAUGCUAAGAAAGGAUCCGUUGUAGAUGCUGUUCUGUCCCGUGAGAUCUAUGGCAUUGACAUUUUAGGACAUUUAACGACCAUGAGAGAUUUCCGAGACCAUAAAAUAAAAGAGCUGGUUUCAGCGGAGAAGGAAGAUGCGUUCUAUGUUGCGAACCUGGAUAGUAUAUAUGAAAUGCACCUCAGGUGGUGUAGAAACUUGCCUCGAGUCCAGCCUUUCUAUGCGGUGAAGUGCAACAACGAUGCAGCCGUUCUGAGGAUGAUGAGGGCUCUGGACACGGGUUUUGACUGUGCUAGCAAGGUGGAGAUGCAGCGUGUGCUGUCCCUCGGAGUGAAACCCGAUAGAAUCAUUUACGCACACACCACCAAAGCGCUGUCGCACAUCAAAUACGCCUGUAUUCAUGGAGUCAAUACAUUGACGUUUGAUAGUGAGGAGGAACUCCUCAAAAUAUCUCUUUGUCACGCCAAAGCCAAAUUGGUACUCCGCAUAGCGGUGGAUGACUCCGCCUCCAAGAUAAGACUCAGUUUAAAGUUUGGUGCCCGACUGGAGUCGGUUGGUGAGCUGCUGGGACGCGCUGCAGAGCUUGGCUUGGAGGUCAUUGGGGUCAGCUUUCAUGUAGGCAGCGGGUGCACUGGAAGUCUGGCUUUCAAGCAGGCCAUUGGAGACGCUAGACGUGUCUUUGAGGUGGGGAAAUCGUUGGGCCUCCAGAUGAGUCUCUUGGAUAUUGGCGGAGGAUUCUCUGGGAGAGAAGACUGUCAAGUCACAUUUGAAGAGUUUUCAGAAGUUAUUAACGGAGCCCUGGAGGAGUUCUUCCCGCCUGACAGUGGGGUUCAGAUUAUUGCAGAACCAGGCCGCUACUUUGUGGAUUCAGCCUUCACAUUGGCAGCAAACGUCAUUGCCAAGCGAGUGAUCGAGGUUGAUAGGAAGGAACAUAACGGUAACAGCUCUCAGAUGAGAGCGAUGGCGCCCCAUUGCAGUGCACCACUACAUCAGGAGACAGCUUCAGGAGACGUCCAUGCCAAGCCUCAGAACGGUGUGGACAACAGUCUUGACAGAAUAAUGAUGUACUACCUCAAUGACGGAGUGUACGGCUCCCUGAGUUGCCUUAUCAAUGAUGCUGCCCACACCCAGGUUGAGCCCUACCUGAACAGGGUAAAUAUCACAAUAAAGGCUUCAAAACGACAGUCCACAAAGCAGAUGUGGCGCAGACUUGUACAUUCAAUGUUUGUCUUUCCCAGGUUGUUGAGAGCAGCGAGCAGAGAUACCGGUCUGUUCUCUGGGGUCCGACCUGCGACAGCAUCGACAAAGUGGCCGAGAUGUGCUGGAUUCCUGAGCUGCAUGUGGGGGACUGGCUUCUCGUGGACAACAUGGGCGCUUACUCCAUUUGUUUAUCCACAGACUUCAACGGCUUUGAGAGAGCUCGCAUUUACCCUGUUGUGACAGCUAAGACGUGGCACACUUUGAACCUUUCUGCCUUCUACCACCUCCACCAAUGACCUGGGAACACUUCUAUCUAUCCAUUCUAUCAAUGCAUUGUUGGAGCAAUACACCUCAGACCCUGUGACAGUGCCUUUGUGGUGGUCGAGGACAUGUCUGAUGUGGAAAUAUGCUGUUCUGUUGUUCAUGUCUGCCUGUCCUGCUUGUAUGGUGUGUGAUGUAGUUAGUCAGUCAGUCAUGAUUUUUAGCACUGACUGUUUUCUAUUCCACCUUCAUUGCAGAUCAUGUAACAUACAUGUCACACUUUUGGAACUUUGCUAAGAAAUCCUGUUGAAAAUUCUUGAAACCCAAAGAACGAAUCGUCCAAUAUGGUCCAAAUGGUAUAUGUCAUAACACCCGGGUACUGAUCUUAACAGAAGUGACAAUAUUGUUGCUUUUUUUAGUCUGUAAUUCUUCUUUGCCAUUCUCUUAAGCAGUCAGCUUGUGUGAUAAGGUGUUUAUUCUAAUGGUUGUGGAUAGAUUGUAGUCCAAGACCAGUUUGUGCAUUUCUAAACUGGUUGAUAAUUGGGAGUUUUAGUUUUAUAUGGGUGAA